AUGCUGCCUUACGGGAUAUCAAAAUUAACACGAAGUGGAUUCGAUUGUGCACCGCCAACUACUGACUUAAUCAAAGAAAUUGAUGAAAUUCGUGAAGGUUUUCGAAGCGAUACAUUUCAACGUUUAUUGAAACGAAAGCGAAUUAGACAGGAGGAUGAACAUUGUGCAUUUACAAUAAUGUAUAAUAAUCAUCAAAAAGAGCUACAUCUUAUGGCAGAAAAUAAACAAAUGCGGGAUUUAUGGGUUAUGGGUUUAAAACAUUUAACUGAACGCUGCUCGAACAGCGGUCAUAGAACUUUCCAAUACGAUAUGACGAGCGAGCGUGCAUUAAGUAUGAUCGAACAGUAUGAAAUGAAUCUACAAUGGAGAAAUCAACAUUUAUUAGGCAUUGAUGGUUUUCGAAACUUAAUGUUGAGUGAAGAGUUUGAUUUAAUGAAACAAUCGUGUGCACAACGACCAUAUCAGGACAUGACGAAACCAUUAACACAUUAUUACAUAAAUACAUCUCAUAAUACAUAUUUAUUUCAAAGUCAAGUUUAUGGUGACAGCAACGCUGAAGCAUAUAAUCGUGUUUUGUUAAAAGGAGGACGAGCUGUUGAGCAAGAUCUUCUAACAAAAGCCUUACCAACUACGAAUCCAUCUGUGUUACCAUCACCAGAAGAUUUGAAAAUGAAAGUUUUACUACGAAGUAGACAAAUAGCACAACGUACGAGAACAACAGUAACGCUACAACAAGAAGAUGAAGAUGAUUCGCCCAUUGAUCCAUUGAGUGAAGUGAUGCAUCCUGAUUUUGCACAACUUCUGAUUUAUAUGCAGAAUGUCCCGUUUCGUGGCUUUGAAUAUGCCCAUGCCAACUGUAAGUAAGACGCUCGUAAUUCGAAGCUUCAUUAACUUUUUCUUUUUGAUAUAUUUAUAUGUGGUUGAAUAGAGGACACCGAACUAACUAAAGAAAAGUUAGUUUUAACGUUUGAAAAACUUCUUUUCAGGAAGAAAGUUUUGAAGGACCGAUUUUGCUCAACAUCGUUACCGUUUGGAGUAUAAAGAAAAUGUUUGAUUGACCUCAGACCUAAAAACGGAUUCAGUCUGCAACUGAUCCUCCACAACGACAGUAGGCCAGUUUGCAAACCUAUCUAGUUUUUUGUGUGAA